AUGAAGAAAGAGGACUUUUCUCCCGUUCUGAAGAAAAAGAAACAAUUUCAUCCUUCUGAAGUGGAUGACCAUCUCGCAUUGGAAAACAAAUCUGAAACAAUAACUUCUCCCAAAGAAUCCGAGCAUAGGUCCAUUCUUCUUGCUUCUGAUACUUUAAUAUGGAUCGGAUCUUACUUGGAUGUUCUUGAUAUCAUCAGAUCCAUGUCCCGAGUUUGUAAAUUUUGGAAUGAUGUGUGUUGGGGCGACGCAUUAUGGAAGGGAUUAUUUCAGAGAGAAUUGGGAGAGGUGGAUUGGUUUAUGGACAAGUUGAAUAAGAAUUUACAGAAUGCCAAGUACGAUGAUGAUCUACCUCGCCCGAUAACGUACAAGAUAUGUCCCAUGAAAUCAUUUCGUUCAUUAUGGAAUAAGGACAAAGAUUGUUCCAAUAGCGAUAAGUUGUCGUACAAGAUCAUUACAGAGGAUCAUCCACAUUUCAUUGAUUAUGAACAUAGGCCUGGAUAUGAUACAGAUAGCGACGAGGAGGAAGAGAGGAUCAGUAAGAGUAGCACUUUGAAAAGAAAGAAUCCAAAGAAAGAGACAAAGAACAGUUUUGCCAAAAAACGAACGGAACCUCAACAGGUGGUUGAAAUGCUUUCUCUUGGAAUGGUUCAACAAGUUCUUGAAGACUGCUUUGGAGAAGAUAGAUUUUGGAUGAGUUUGUUUAAAUUGGUAGUUUCCAUGAUACCACUUCAGAAUUACAAGAUGAUGACUGAAAAACAAAUCAUUCAACCUCUUCAAAAUGUCGAAUCAGUUCCAAAGGAUUCAGGUGUUAGGGAAAUUGAUGAUUAUGAUAGCAACAAAGACAAUGACGAAGAAGAGGAGGACGAACAGGAAUCAUCACAACUUUCAUCACCCAAUGAAUUCUUUCAGAAGGAUCAUGUGUUUAAGGGACACCAUGAUGAGGAAUCAUGGCAUAACCUCAUUUCAAAAAAUUACUGUUACUUUACAGUUCUGUUAAAUGAAAUGGUGACUCGUAUUGAGUCAAGUGAAGUGGAACAUGCUUCUCUUUUCAGAAAAGCGUUAUAUUUGGAUAUUAAGACUCACAAACUUGCUGUAAUUUUGAGCAUUUUCGACAGACAUGGAUUGAUAUUGAGAUAUUUUGGUCGUGAUCAUGACACUACACAGAAUUAUUUGACCAAAAUCGAUGACCAACUCGCAAUUCAUGUUCAAAACGUUAUCAAUUAUAAUCAUUUCCAGAAAAAACUUCCAGCUCUUCCAAGAACACCCUAUAUUGCGGAAUGUGAUCAGAUGUGUGUUGGUGUUAAAUCAUGCUACCAUCUCAUAACAGUCUUGAAAUUCUGUUUUUAUGUAUUGUGUGAGAAAGAGGACUUUAUUUAUCAGCCAAACUUAGGUUUGAAACAACAGGAGAAAGAUACCGCAUUGAUGAUGAAGGAUCAACAAUCAGUUCUGCAAAAUAACAUUUAUGAUGAUCAGUUAAUUGACACUAAAUUACCGCUGGAAAAGAAUGUUGCCGUUGGACCUCUUACACAAGAUGCAUUCAUGCCAUUCUGUAAAUAUUUAUUGAUGGACAGACCUGUAUUUGACCGCUAUUCAUAUGGAGUGUCUCGUGUUUCGGUGAAAAUGGAUGGACAACGACAAGUGGCUCAUUUCGCAUCAGGUAAGCCAGGAUGGUGUUGCGGAUUUUGGAAUGCCAAUUUUUAUUGGUAUCACACUGCAAGAUUUGAAACUUUGCUCGGAAUGGAAUGUGACGAGAAUGCACAUUCUAUUUUGAGAGUGGAGCAAGACCAAUCUAAUAUUUUACACAAUUUAUGUUGA